AUGAGUAUAUGUCGACAAAUCGGUCUAGUUCUGUGGAAAAACUUCACUAUCCGACGAAGACGAUGGCCUCGUGUACUCUUCGAAUUAAUUUGGCCACUCUUCUUAUUUCUUGUUCUUAUGUGGGUACGAACUCGCAAUUUAGUCUUUUAUUAUGAUGCCUGUCAUAACGAUCCAAAAUAUCUCGGAUCAACUGGCUUUUUACCAGCGUUACAAACAUACAUUUGCCGAUUGAAUAAUACAUGUCAUAACUAUACAAAUCCAACAGAUCAACUUAAAACGUUAACUGAUGAUAUGCCGUAUUUUUCAAAUUUUACUGAUAAUAUUUUAACGUUAUUAAAUGAUGAUCAAGUUAUGAAAAAUCUAACUCAACUUCUAUCUCAAAUAAACAAUAUUGCCACUAGCAUAGAUGUUUGGAAUGGAACUAUUUUAGCAAAUAAAACAGCCAAAGAUUUUAGUCAAUCAAUACCUGCAACGACGCUGAAUAUACUUUUUGCAAAUCUUGUUAAUUUAUCUAAUCUUCAUCAACCAUGGUUGAUGAAUAGAGGUAAUUCAUUAUCGAAUACAGAAGUUGGUGCUGAAAUAUUUUUGGUUUCUUUACAAUCAAAUUAUGCUUAUUCUUAUCAAACAGAAACGAAUAUACAACGAUCUUUUUGUAUUAAUGGACAAUUUGAUCAAACAUUUUUAAUUAAUCGACCACAAUCAAUUGAAGCAAAAGAUUUUUUAUGUAAUAACUUAUCAGCAAUUGAUUUAAAAAAUUUUUUAAUUAGUGUACAACUACAACUUGAUGAAACAUUUUUGAAUAAUAUGAGAUCGAAUAUAAUAAAUAUUGAUCACACUGGUGCACAGAUUAUGCAAACUACUCAAGAACUUCUUUCUCAAUUCACACUCCUCAACAGUGGCUUUUUGUUUGGAGGAGCGAACGAUAGUAUCAGUUUAGAAACAUUAUGUGGUGGACGCAAUGAUCUUUCAAAUUAUUUUAAACCUAAUUCAUAUGCAACUAAUGAAUCAUCAGAUCAUUCGAACACCAUGAGUGCAUCAAAUGAUUCUUCAUCAUAUAAGAAAAGUACAGUUUCUGAUAUUGCUUGGGAUGAUGUAGCAUCAGAUUUACUUUCUUAUAAUGAUUCUAAUAUGUGCAGUCAAUCAUAUAUAGUUGGUUCUGGUAAUGUUAAACAAACGAUACGCGUUAAUCGUACGUGUCGUUGUGUUCUGUUUGAUCAGAUAUUUAAUUCGAAUCGACAAUUAAAAGAACUUGGUCGUCUCGUACGUCCAUUACUUUAUGGAAAAAUUUAUUAUUAUCCAUCAAAUAUUCAUUAUGAUAAUUUAAUAAAACAAAUUAAUCAAACAUUUGAAUCAUUAGAUGAAUUAGUAAAAUUAUUUCGUCAAAUACAAUCAAGUAUUCAAAUAAUAUAUAAAAGAUUUACACCAUUAUGUAAUAUGUCAAUGAAUUCAACAGUUAUUUGUCAACAAUUAAAUUCCUAUAGAAGAUCAGUAUCUUUCUUUAUAAUUUUCACUGAAUUUAUAGCUUGUUCAGAACGUAAUCGUUUUGUUCCAAUGCCAAGUGAAACAAAUUUGAUAACUGAAGGACAAAAUCAUUCAUUAACAGAUACAUUUCUUGCUGGUAUUGUAUUUCUUAAUGAUAUAUCAAAUAGUGAUAGAUUACCCACACAUAUUAAAUAUAAAAUACGAAUGACACUUGAUGAUGUGGAUAAUACAUUUCGAACUGAAGAUCGAUAUUUUACAUAUGCACCACGUUAUUUAGUACCAACGGCGACUAAAUAUCACUCAUUUACUUUUAUUUAUUUACAAAAUGCUCUUGAUCGUGCUAUUAUUAAUACACAAACAGGAUUAAAUCUAUCAUAUGGUAUACAAACUCAACAAAUGCCUUAUCCAUGUUGGAUUAAUGAUAGAUUUGUUAAUUCCAUUAGACAAAUGUUACCAUUAUUUAUGGUAUUAAGUUGGAUAUUUACGAUAUCCAUGAAUGUUAAAGAUAUUGUUUACGAAAAAGAAAAACGAUUAAAAGAAAUAAUGAGAAUUAUGGGUUUAAAUGAUUCUGUUCAUUGGUUUACAUGGUUUAUUUUAUGUACUAUUGUUAUGAUAAUAACAGCUACAUUACUUGUCAUUAUUUUGAAGUUUGGAAAAAUCACUCAAUUUUCCAAUUUUCUAAUAUUAUUUCUUUUCUUUGUUUGUUAUACAUUUGCAACAAUUACACAAUGUUUUCUUCUAAGUGUUUUUUUCAAUAAAGCUAAUUUAGCUGCUUGUGGUGCCGGAAUUAUUUAUUUUGUUCUUUAUUUACCUUAUACACUUUUAAUAAAUUAUGAUACUCAAGUACUAAGAUGGCAUAAAAUCAUUGCUUGUCUGUCCUCAACUGUGUCAUUUGGAAUUGGUUGUGAUUAUAUAGCUCGAUUUGAAGGUAUGGCACGAGGUAUUCAAUGGAAUAAUAUAAAUAAAGGUGCAAAACCAAAUGAUAAUUUUACAUUUCUUUAUUGUAUGAUUAUGAUGCUUGUGGAUUCGAUACUUUAUAUGAUAUUAACUGUUUAUAUUGAAAAUAUUUUUCCCGGUGAAUAUGGAAUUCCUCAACCAUGGUAUUAUCCAUUUACAAAAACAUAUUGGUGUGGUUAUAAAGCAAAAAAAAAUCAACAACGUAUAAAUGAACUCAAUCAAAAUCAAACGAAUGUUAAUACUAAUAUUGAAAAUGAUUAUGAUAAUAUUCCUCAAGCAGAAAUUGGAAUUGAUAUACAAAAUAUAUCAAAAUAUUAUCGAAAUAAAAUUGGAUUAAAUAAUUUAUCUGUAAAAUUCUAUCGAAAUAUGAUAACAGCAUUUCUUGGACGUAACGGUGCUGGUAAAAGUACAACAUGGUCUAUAUUAACCGGUUUAAUUCCACCAUCAAGUGGUACAGCAUAUAUUGAUGGUUAUGAUAUAUUAACGGAUAUAAAAAUUAUACGAAAACGAUUAGGAUUUGCACCACAACAUAAUAUUUUAUUUGAUCGUUUAACAGUUAAAGAACAUUUAGAAUUUUUUUCUGCAUUAAAAGAUGCACCACAAGACUUAAUUGAAGAUGAAACAAACAAAAUGCUUACAGAUUUAGGAAUUGAAAAUAAAUCAAAUAAUUAUUCAACUGAAUUAUCAGGAGGAAUGAAAAGAAAACUUUCAAUUGCUAUUGCUUUUGUUGGGAAAUCUACAACAGUUAUUUUAGAUGAACCAACAGCAGGUGUUGAUCCAUUUGCACGACGUGCUAUAUGGGAUCUUAUACUUAAAUAUAAACCCGGUCGAACAAUUGUAUUAUCAACUCAUCAUCUUGAUGAAGCUGAUUUAUUGAGUGAUCGUUUAGCAAUAAUUUCAUCCGGUGCAUUACAAUGUGUUGGUACAACAAUGCAUUUAAAACAUAAAUAUGGUGAAGGUUACAAUUUAAUUGUUGAAUUAACAUCAGUGUCAGAUGAAAAUGAACUUAGACAACAACAACAACAGCAGCAGACAGAUUCGGCAAAUAACACACUCGAUCCAAUGAGUAUAGAAUUGAAUAUAAUUCAUGCUGAUACAAAUUCUUCGAUGCGUUUUAAUCCUUUAACAGAAUUUCUUAAAACUUACAUGACUGAUAUACGUAUAAAAGAAGAACAUGGUGAACAAAUAACAUAUGUUAUACUAGAUAAUGCUGAACAUACAAAAAUAUUUCCAAAAAUGCUUGCUGAUCUUGAUGAAAAUAAAACAAAAUAUCAUAUUAAAAGUUAUGGUUUAUCAAAUAGUAGUCUUGAACAAGUAUUUCUUCGUGUUGCUGAUGAAAAAAAACGGCCAGAAGAUUAUGAACGUUUAUCAUGUUGGAAAAGAAUGAAAAGUCGUGUUAAAAAAUGUUUUGGAAAACAUGAAAUUAUAGAAGAAGAAAAGAACAAUGAAAUCAAUGAAGAAGAAGAUAGUGAUAAUCAAGAACUAUUUAAUACACGUCUAAGUGAGGAAUGGAGUUCCUAUGCUGAUGAACGUUAUACAGGUCUAUGUUAUCUAGUUGUACAAAUAAGUGGAUUAUUUAUAAAACGAUUUCAUCGAACAAAACGUAAUAUUAAAGCAUUGAUAGCUGAAAUUCUUCUUCCAAUCAUAUUCGUCUUACUUGCUAUGUUAGUAACAAAAUUAGCACCAAAUCAAAGUGAACCACCGCCACUUAUUCUUCAUCCAUGGUAUUGGGGUAAACCAAAUUAUAUGUUUCAAUCAAUACCAAUUAAUAAAAUUUCAUUAUUAUCAAAAUCUAUUCAACAAACAUUUACUCAAUCACCAUCAUUAGGUACUCGUUGUAUGAAAACAACAAUGUUAGACAAACAAUUAUAUCCAUGUGAUACGAGUAAUGUUGGUUAUACUUCUGUAUCAACUAGUGAUGAGAUAAUGAAUGCAUUAAAUAAUGUUAAUUAUAGUGGAACACAUAUAUCACCAGAAUGUGAUUGUUGGGAAAAAAUGCAAACAUGUCCAACAGGUGCUGGUGGUCCACCACCAAGUUUUGAUACAACAGAAACACAAGAUACUUUAUAUAGUCUAUCUGGUUAUAAUAUAACUGAUUGGACAAUAAAAACAGAAUUUCUUGAUGAAUUUUUAAUGAAACGUUUUGGUGGUUUUGAUUUUUUACCACAAACUAAUUUAAGUAGUAUUGAUCUUGUAAGUGAAACAUUAAUUAAUCGAUUAAUGGAUUUAAUGAGUCGAACAAAUCAAUCAGUAUCAAAGAUUGAUGGUGCCAAAAUUGCUGCUCUCUUUCGAAUAUAUCCGCCAGGAGUUUCGGUUUGGUAUAAUAAUAAAGGAUGGCCAGCAAGUGUAGCAUUUUUAAAUUUAUUUAAUAAUGCAUUAUUACGUGGCGUCCUUCUUAAAGAACAACCUUCAACAUCAAUUGAUGAUUAUGGUAUAACAGCAAUAAAUCAUCCAUUGCCACAAACAGAAAUUCAAAUUGAUAGUGAUUUACAAAAUCGUGUUGCUAUAGAAAUGUUUACAGCUAUAUGUGUUAUAUUUGCAUUAGCAUUUGUUCCUGCAAGUUUUCUUGUUUUUCUUAUUGAUGAACAUGUAACAACAUCGAAACAUUUACAAUUUGUUAGUGGUGUUAAAGGCAUAACGUAUUGGUCGGCAAAUUUUCUUUGGGAUUUAAUAAAUUAUUGUAUAUCAAUAGCAUUUUGUUUAAUUAUAUUUCUUGGUUUUGGUAUUGAAGCAUAUGUAUAUAAAAUGAAUUUUCUUUGUUUAUUCUUAUUAUUAUUAUUAUAUGGUUUUGCAAUAAUACCAAUAAUGUAUCCAAUAAAUUAUCUAUUUCGUUCACCAGCAACUGGCUUUGUUGUUAUAUCAUCAAUUAAUAUAUUUAUUGGUUUAAUGACAACAAUAUCAACAAUAACAUUAGAAACUUUUCCAGAUGACCCAGAUUUACAAAACGUUAAUGGAAUUUUAACAAAAUUAUUUUUAAUAUUUCCACAUUAUUGUCUUGGACGAGGUUUAUUUGAUUUAAGUAAAACUCAUACAAAGAAUGAACUUAGUCUUAAAUAUAUUUCGGGUUAUGUUCCCAUAUCACCAUUUCAGUUUGAUAUUAUUGGUAGAAAUCUUUUAUGUUUAUUUGUUGAAGGUGUAGUCUUUUUUAUAUUUACAAUACUUGCUCAAUAUCGAUUUUUUAUUCCUGAUCGUGGUUGUGUUGCUACACCAAAACAUUUAAUAUCAACAAAUCAAGAUGAUGAUGUAGCUGCUGAACGACAAAGAAUUUAUUCUGAUCAUAAUAAUUUAAGUGGUGAUAUUUUAAGAAUGAUUGAUUUAGUUAAAGUUUAUGGAUGGAGAUUAGGAAAAACAUUUGCAGCUGUUAAAAAAACAUGUGUGGGUGUGAAACACGGUGAAUGUUUCGGUUUAUUAGGUAUAAAUGGUUCAGGAAAGUCGACAAUAUUCAAAAUGUUAACUGGAGAAAUCUCAAUGACAGAUGGUAAUGCAUUUGUUAAUAAUUAUAGUGUUAUUAAACAAUUAAGUGCUGUUCAUCGAAAUAUAGGUUAUUGUCCACAGUUUGAUGCACUUGAUUCUUUAUUAACAGCACGCGAACAUCUUUAUCUUUAUGCUCGUCUACGUGGCAUAAAAAGAAAAAAUAUUCCAUUUAUUGCUGAUUGUUUAUUAAAACGACUUGGUCUUACACUAUGGGCUGAUCGACCAGUAAGACAAUAUUCUGGUGGUAAUAAACGUAAAUUAUCAACAGCUAUUUCACUUAUUGGUAAUCCAUCGGUUAUAUUUAUGGAUGAACCAACAACUGGAAUGGAUGUACGUGCUAAAAGAUUUCUAUGGAAUUGUAUAUUAACAUUAACUCGUAAAGAUCAUAAAUCAGUUAUAAUAACAUCUCAUUCAAUGGAAGAAUGUGAAACAUUAUGCAAUCGUCUUGUUAUUAUGGUUAAUGGAGAAUUUAAAUGUCUUGGCAGUGUACAACAUCUAAAAGCAAAAUUUGGUGAUGGUUAUACAAUACUUGUUCGAACAGAAAUUAAUAGUGAUACGAAAACUGUAAUUAAUUAUAUAAAAGAACGAAUACCCGAAGCUGAUAUUAAAGAAGAACAUAAUAAAAUGAUACAUUUUCGUGUAUCAACAAAUGUUCCAUUAUAUAAAAUGUUUAGUGUAUUAGAAGAAGCACGUGAAGAUUUAAAAACUAUAAUCGAAGAUUAUACAGUUACACAAGUAACACUUGAUGAUGUAUUUGUUAAUUUUGCUAAAAUACAAGAAGAAAGUCAAAUAUUAGAACAAAGCAAUAAUACUAAUACAAAUGAAGAUAAUUGUUUAAAAAGAAAUUUUUUCUAUAAAUUAUUUUCUAGAAAACGUAAAAAUAUAAUUGAAUUAACUAAACUUUAG